AGGAGGUUGGAGAGCGAGAGAGAGGCAGCAGGCAAAGGCAAAGCGCGGCCUGGAUUCCGGUGGUAACAGGAGAGCGGUAGGAGUGACCGAGCAAGAAGAGUUCUUUCUUCAUCCCCUAUUUGGUCAACCACCUUUGCUUAAGCCUAUUCCGAUCACCAAACUUUAAGGAAACGAAGGCCAACACCAGACUUCCAUUAGGGCUUGUGGCUAAAAGCGAGGAAGGUUAGCAAUUUUAUCCAAAUCAACAUGGAGGAGAGGCGGCUACCAACAAGAGAGGAUGUUGUGAAGAAAAUUAAGGAUGAUGGUGACUUUGACACACUUCGGCUCAAGAUCAUUCGAGCGGUCAAGGAGAAUGAAGAGCUACGCAAAAGCAUCAUAGACCAGGUUAAACGGUCUGAUAUUCUCAACAAAGAUGGAUCUGAGGACAUGAAACCAAGACAGCUUUCAGAUGCUAUUUACGAAGAGCUUGGGAGGAAAAUCACAGGUCAGAUCUCUGAUGAAAUAUGGAAGACCAUCCGACUAAAUGAGAGCAUAAAGGAUGAUAUCAAAGGCACUGUAGAACACGUUAUCAACAAAAUGGUAAACCCUAUGCCCCAAACGAGUUUAGGUUCUAAUCCCUCUCCCACCCAAGAAAAUCAAAUCAUCGGAAGGGAAGCUAAUGGCAUCAUUAAAACCUCAAUAAUAACUCCAGCAAGCGAAGCAAAUAUUUCAAAUUCAAAUAAAACAUAUGAACCCCCAGGUUUUGGUUCCGGUGAUGCCGAUAAUGGCGAAUCUAAAAAUUCAGAUCUACAGGAGAAUGAGCAGAGAGCAGGCUUGAUUCAAAAUCCACAGGAGUUACUGAAACCAAUUGAAGAUGUGGAAUGUGGUUUCGGCUCAAGCGGCGGCGGCGGUGGCGGCAGUGGUGAAGUUGAUGAUGACACUGAUCUGCCUCCAGGGUUUAACUAGUUAUUAUAUUUGGUCAUUCAGAUACUUACCACCCAAUUAUUGUGUAUUUGCAUAUCGGACACCUUAACUUUGUUUUCAUACAUAUAUCACUCAAAUCCUUCAUAUCACAUAAAAGUACCACCAUUUUAACCAUUAAAAGCUGAAUACACC